AUGAAUUGAAAGCUGAAUUUAAUAAUUGGGUUAAUGCAGCAAAACUAUUUUCGCAAGGAGACCAUUAUGUUUAUAUUGAUAUAAGAAAUAAUGAAGUCUUUCGAGGUAAACCGAACAAAACAACAAAUGCCAGACAUCCUGGUCCAAGUGAGGAACUACAUAAACGACAAAACAGACCACAAAUAAUUCAAAUAAUCGUAGCUGGUGAUGGUAUUUUGAAUGUGAAUAACAACCAAAGAAAAACAUGUUCGGUUGGUUUUAUUGCACGUUCCCACAAAAGAACUAUGGCAAAGCAACCCAUAUUUUAUGUCAUAACCGAAAGAAAUUAUUGUCAUGAAAGAGAUGACAAUGACAAGGCAGCUUCAUUUGUUUUACGGGCAUGGAAUUCAGUAAUUACUAAUAUUCAGUUCAUGAAAAUUGUAGGUAUCAUGUAUACCCAUAAUUUUACAAGGCCAUACAAUUUUGGUGAAAUCCAGUGGACAUCUAGAUCAUUGGCUAAAUCACCAACUAUAAGAAAUUCAGAUGAUCAAAAUUAUCAAGAGCUAAUUAUACAUGGUACUAGAAAAGAAAAAGAUUUAGGUGGUCCCGUAUUUCUUUAUACUCCAGAAAAUUUGGGUUUUGUAGAUCUAUUUGGCAUACAAGUUACUUCAAGUCUCAAACUUACUGCUGCUCUAUCAUAUGAAAUUAUUCAAGAUAUAACUGGAUAUUCUCUUUAUAAUGGAAGUGAUGAUUAA